AUGUCAAACAACUUCAUCCUUGGUACAGUGACUACUGUAUCCGGUGUCACUAUUGUUGGUUGCUUAUUGUAUGUGGCUAUUUUAUUCAAUGAUAUCAACUCAAUUUAUGAUGAUGUUAUGGGAGAUAUGAGUGACUUUAAGGUAAAAAUAAUCAGCUGAAUUUGAAUAAUUAGUAGUUCAUUUUUAGGGAUACGUGGAUGAUGCGUGGAACACAAUGCUUCACAAUUUACCAAAAGAUAACAAAGAACAAGAUAUUAGAAAAAUCUUCGGGAGAACCAAAAGAGAAGUCGUCUGUAGAUGUGGAGCUCAGCCAAAUAAUUGUCCUUUUGGUCCGCCAGGGCCACAGGGAGCACCUGGAGAUAAAGGAGGAAAUGGUGUUCCGGGAAAUCCAGGCUUACCAGGUCAAAAUGCUGUCGCUAAACAUACAACCAAGAAGCCAAGAGAUUGUGUUGUCUGUCCGCCAGGAGAACCUGGAAUGCCAGGUUUGGAUGGUCCAGAGGGCCCACCAGGUCCAGAUGGUGAGCCAGGUUUGAAUGGAGAUGAAGGAUUAUAUGGUUUGCCGGGUAUGCCAGGAGAGCCGGGAGAUGAAGGAAUGCCUGGAGAAGAUGGAAUACCUGGACCAGAUGGGCCACCAGGAAAGAACGCGGUAUGUAAUUAAUUUCAUCCACAGAAAAAAUAUAAUAGGAAUGUUUUUAGCAACGUGGAUUUGGUGAGCCUGGAAUACCAGGAAACCCUGGAGCCGAAGGUCUUCCAGGGCGACCCGGAUUUCCCGGUCGUCCGGGUUUCCCAGGACCUGAAGGUAUUGAGGGACCACCAGGAUACGACGGAAAUCCAGGAAAACCUGGAGUGGAUGGUAUUCCGGGAAGUAACGGUGUUGAUGGUUUACCUGGCGCCGAUGGAUCUUAUUGUCAUUGUCCAAAACGUACCUUGGUUCAAGUAGAUCCAUCAUAUCCCAAUCAGGAAGACGCUUAG